GCUCAUUUGUUGUGAAACAAAAGCAUUCCAGCUCUACAAGCUGCUUACGGAUCUGGACUGGAGGCAGUUUUCUCUGAGCACAGACGCUGAGAGGGCAGCGAGGCAAAGCACUUCAGGCUGCCAUUCUUCAUAGAUUCUCCAUAGUUCCUCUCAGCUGCCUCUGGCUGCAGCAGCUUUGCUUCAGCUUGCUGUCUGACUGUUUGAAUCUCUGACUUCACGAUGGCACUGCUGUCCAUCCAGGCCGGAGUGAAAUAUGCCAAAACGCUGCUGCCAGAGACUCUGAUGAGGUUCGUGUCCACAGUCCAGACCAUCUCUCGACUCAUGCUGCCCCUAAAUCAGCCUCGCCGUUUCAGAGUGUGCACAUACAGCCGGAUGCGGCGGCGAAGUUUGACUGCGUCUUCUCUAGAUGAGCUCCUGGAGCAGGCAGCGAGGGUGUUCAUGAUGUCCUACCAGUUCCUGACUCUGGUCCUGGAGGAGGACGGGACUGUGGUGGACUCAGAGGAGUUCUUCCAGUCGCUGCCCAACAGCACACUGCUGAUGGUGCUGGAGAAGGGGGAGAUGUGGACAGAGAGCAAGAUUAUUCCAUGCUUUCGUCAGCCAAAGAAGAGUGGGAUUGCCAAAGUGACCUUUGACCUCUACAAACUGCAGCCUAAAGACUUCCUGUGCUGCCUCGCCAUCAGGGCCACAGUGUAUGAGACGCACACACUCUCAUACGACUUCAGAUUCACCAGGAUCAAACGCAUCCUCGAGUAAGCCGAGCCUGAUCACAGUAACAGUCUCAGCAGUGUUGUGCAAAGUCUUUUCUAGUUAUAUGUAGUUCAUAUUUUCAGUUUCCAGUCUGAAUUGUUCAAAGCUUUCAAAUUCAUAACUGGCUAAGUUAACUUCUUGUGUACGUUUAUAUUUCUUACCUUUUCUCCAAUUUUGACACAGAACUUUAUGAACACUUUGC